AUGGUGGAUGUCCUACUGCCGAGCGGAAGAUGCGAAGCCGUCUCGAUGCCACCAGGCUCCACCGUCAGCGAUCUUGAAGCCGCAGCUCGGAGAGCUCUUGGGCUCCAGGGUCGGUUGAGGCUUGCUGCCUCUGACGGCCAGCUACUUCCUCGAGGGCAGCAGCUUUCCAGCGAAGACCAGGUCACUGCCAUUGCUCAGCCCGUGUAUGUGCAGACGACCGGUGCUGCCGUGGCGUGCUUUUGCGGAGGUGGGAACAGCGUGGUCACUUGGGGCGACCGGGGCUCAGGAGGAGACUGCGACAAGGUGCAGAAGCAACUUCGGAACAUCAGUGAAAUUCAGGCGUGCGCUGACGGCAGUUUUGCGGCUAUUCGGGCAGACGGCACCGUGGUCACAUGGGGUGAUUCCGACGUCGUGAGUUCUGCAAAAAAGGUGGCGGAUCAGCUCACCCAGAUACAAAAGAUCCAGGCAAAUGGCAUGGCCUUCGCUGGCAUACGGGAAGAUGGGAGUGUGGUGACCUGGGGGAGCUCCUGGCUUGGAGCCGAUAGCCGUCAAGUUCGCGAGCAGCUCCGUGAUGUGCAGCAAGUUCAGGCCAACGAGUAUGCUUUCGCGGCUAUUCGAGCCGAUGGGACCGUUGUGACCUGGGCACACGAGGCGGGCCGCGAGAGGGGUGGUGACAGCAGUGGAGUUCAAGAUCAGCUCCAUGAUGUGCGCUCGAUUCAGAAGAACAAGUGGGCUUUUGCAGCCCUAAGAGCAGAUGGAUCAGUGGUCACAUGGGGUGAUACCGCAGGCGGAGGCAACAGCAGCGCAGUGCAGGAUCAGCUCAGGAAUGUGACUCAGAUUCAGGCGACCCGCGAGGCUUUUGCGGCCAUCUGUGCAGACGGCGAGCUUGUCACUUGGGGCAAGAACUCGGGUGACAGCCCCCCCCCCAAACUCCAAAAAGUGGUUCAGGUUCAGGCCACUGCCAAGGCCUUUGCGGCGAUCAUGGCCGAUGGCUCAGUCGCAGCUUGGGGGGACCGCCUCUUCGGCGGCGACUGCAGUGCUGUGCAAGACCAACUGUUCAACGUGCAGUACAUCCAAGCCACCACGUACGAUAUGCACGCUGCGUUUGCUGCGAUUCGCGCAGAUGGAAGGGUCGUUACAUGGGGCCAUGAAAAUUAUGGGGGCGACAGCAGCGGAGUUCAAGGCCAACUCAAAGAUGUGCGAGCGAUUCAGUCAACAAGAUCUGCUUUUGCCGCCAUCCGCUCAGAUGGAAGGGUUGUCACCUGGGGCGACAAGGAAUCGGGUGGCGACAGCAGCGCAGUCCAGGACCUGCUCGCGAACGUGACCCAGGUUCAGUCUACUGCCUAUUCUUUUGUUGCAAUCCUCUCCGAUGGCUCGGUGGUCUCCUGGGGACGCAAGACAAAGGGCGGGGACAGCAGCAAGGUCCAAGAGCUCCUUGCGGAGAUGUGA